CCUCUCAAAGUUUCAAACUUUCUAUUAACAUUUCUUGACUUAACCAGAUUCCAUAUCCAAAAAAGGUUUUUUAUUCUUUUUAACAGCAUUUUACUUGCACCGUAUGGGUAUUUGCAGUUCUUGUGAAUCGACCCAUGUCGCCACUGCAAAAUUGAUUUUGCAGGACGGAAGGCUUCAGGAAUUCUCGUACCCAGUUAAAGUUUCUUAUGUUCUUUCUAAGAUUAACCCUACUUAUUUCAUUUGUAAUGCUGAUGAAAUGGAGUUUGACGAUGUCGUUUCUGCUAUUAACGAUGAUGAAUUGCUUCAGCCUGGUCAGCUUUAUUUUGCUGUGCCUUUAAGUAGAUUAAAGCACCCUUUACAACCUGAAGAAAUGGCUGCAUUGGCUGUUAAAGCUAGCUCCGCUUUAAUGAAAAGCACUAAUUAUAAUGGUGCUGAUAAAAUUACCUGCCGCCGGAAAGCGGUGUAUUCCGGUGAUGGGAAGUCUAGUCGGAGAGUGGCUGCCUCCGCCACCAGCGGCGGCGGCGACGGUGGGUCGAGGAGGGGCGCUGGUAGGGGAAAGUUUACGGCAAUGUUGAGUGCAAUUCCUGAGUAGAAAGGGGUAGUUUAGGAAAUGAAUUGAAAUGAAGGGUAUAAAUGUAAAUAUAGUGACGAUGAGGGUUCAUUUUGGAAGUUUUUAUCGUAGAAUUGAUGUUGUUAAUGUGUACAUUACUUAUGGCUAUUGGCUGUCACAAAUUUAAGGGCUGUAUUACAAUUUUGCCCAUAGAAUCAAAUGAUGAGCCUUUUAUUAUAUAAAUAAUUCCAUAAGUCAUUCUUUAAAUGAAAAGGGUUGACUAGUGGUAUCAAAAUUAUGAAAGCAACAUUGAUUUGCUGCGUA